GCUUUUACAUGAGCCCCGGUAAGCGGCAGCUCGUGCAUGGUGUGGCGUUGAGUGAAAGCCCGGAGCGCGGCGAUGUUUCCCCUCACUGUGUGUCUGUUCUAAAGGGAGAUACUCUUUUCCUUCCACGGAACUCUGGCUUCUCAUCGUCUUUCCAACUGACAUUUGUGAGAAGGAGGAAACGGCUGCAUCAUCACUUCAUCUCCCACACAACCUUCAGCGUCCGAGCCAUGGCUUCCAAACCGCACCCUCCUCUGAUGAAGAAACACAGUCAGACGGAUUUGAUAAGCCGCCUGAAGAGCCGGAAGAUUCUUGGAGUUGGCGGAGAAGAUGACGAUGGUGAAGUCCACCGAUCCAAGAUCAGUCAGAUGCUCGGGAAUGAGAUGAAGUUUGCGGUUCGAGAGCCAAUCGGGCUGAGGAUGUGGUUGCUCAUCUCGGCUGUGGGUUUCACUGUGGUUGCCUUAUUGGCCCUGAUGUUUCCUAACCAGCUCUAUGAGGUUGUGUUUGAGGAGGAGCUCUCCAACACUAGUCUCUCCGUCCGGCUCUAUGGAGGAGCGCUGUUAAGUUUGGCCCUCAUCAUGUGGAAUGGUCUCUACACAGCAGAGAAGAUUGUCAUCCAGUGGACUCUUUUGAGCGAAGCUUGCUACUUUGCAGUACAAUUUCUUGUGACAUCCAUCACCUUAAUAGAGAUGGCCAUGCUGCCCCACGCUGCCAUGCUCCUGCUCCUCAGCCGAGUACUCUUCCUGGUGGUCACCAUGGCGUACUACUACCACCUGGGUCGCAAGCCGAAGAAGGUCUGAGCUUGACUGCAGCGUCCGUCCAGCAUCGAUGCGGCGGGAGGAAGGUUUGGAUUGUUGUUUGAAUUGGAGCUGGGAGCGUUAUUUUGCCAGCGGGUGCACGCUCCACGCUCCCUCCACGGGACCUAGCUUAGUAUCACCCUGCCAAUAGAACAUUACAGACUCUAUACGGAAAACUCAAGACCUCAUGGUAUGAAUGAUGUUGUGAGGUCCAACACGAAUCCUGCGUUUUGAGUGCUGUUGUUGUAAAAAAAAAAUAAUAAUUCUAUGAUAUUGUAUUCUUGUGUUCCUUUGUUCCAGGUAUGUAAUGUACAUGGACGUCUCUCACGCUGUUUUACACACGACAAACCUUUGGACACACCUUCUCAUUCUCAACACAACUGAUGGUCCCAAACCCUUCGCUGGACAGUCGCCGGACCCUAUCUCAGCUGCAUUUUGGCGGUAGGCGAGGUACAACCCUGGACAAGUUGCCACCUCAUCACAGUAUAUAUAUAUAUACUGUGGCAAAAAAAAAAAGUAUUUAGUCAGCCAGCGAUUGUGCAAGUUCUCCCACUUCAAAUGAUGACAGAGGUCUGUAAUGUUCAUCAUAGGUACACUUCAAAUGUGAGAGACAGAAUGUGGAAACAAAAAAUCCAGGAAUUCACAUUGUAGGAAUUUAUUUGUAAAUGAUGGUGGGAAAUAAGUAUUUGGUCAACCAUUCAAAGCUCUCACUGAUGGAAGGAGGUUUUGGCCCAAAAUCUCACGAUACAUGGCCCCAUUCAUUCUUUCCUUAACACGGAUCAAUCGUCCUGUCCCCUUAGCAGAAAAACAGCCCCAAAGCAUGAUGUUUCCACCCCCAUGCUUGACAGUAGUUAUGGUGUUCUUGGGAUGCAACUCAGUAUUCUUCUUCCUCCAAACAGGACGAGUUGAGUUUAUACCAAAAUGGAUACAUGGAUGAUACAGCAGAGGAUUGGGAGAAUGUCAUGUGGUCAGAUGAAACCAAAAUACAACUUUUUGGUAUAAACUCAACUCGUGGUGUUUGGAGGAAGAAGAAUACUGAGUUGCAUCCCAAGAACACCAUACCUACUGUGAAGCAUGGGGGUGGAAACAUCAUGCUUUGGGGCUGUUUUUCUGCUAAGGGGACAGGACGAUUGAUCCGUGUUAAGGAAAGAAUGAAUGGGGCCAUGUAUCCUGAGAUUUUGAGCCAAAACCUCCUUCCAACAGUGACCAAAUACUUAUUUUCCACCAUCAUUUACAAAUAAAUUAUUUAAAAUUCCUACAAUGUGAAUUCCUGGAUCUUUUUUUCACAUUCUGUCUCCCACAGUUGAAGUGUACCUAUGAUGAAAAUGACAGACCUCUGUCAUCAUUUUAAGUGGGAGAACUUGCACAAUCGCUGGCUGACUAAAUAACUUUUUGCCCCACUAUAUAUAUAUAUAUAUAUAUAUAUAUAUAUAUAUGUAUAUGUAUAUAUAUAUAUAUAUAUAUAUAUAUAUAUAUAUUUACAGCCCGGCCCCUGGCCAAAUUGCUGUAACCCAAUGCGGCCCCCGAGUCAAACGGUUUGGGGACCCCUGUUGUAAAUAGUCAUGAAAAUAAAGAAAAGUCCUUAAAUGAGAAGGUGUGUCCAAACGUUCGACUUGUACUGUACAUUUAAAUUUGUAAACGCUACAUCUCGACACCGCCUGACAUGCACUUAAGGACCAAGAGUGUGUGCUGUAAUUUAUUGUGGCGUGUGUUUAUGUCCGCCAAAGCCAGCUGGUUAGCACACUGGAGGUUAUAGCGUAAAAAAAAAAACAAGUGACAGUGUUUUCUGUUGAUGUCUUUCAAAAAAUAGCACAUUUAAACUGCCCAACAAUUUUCCUUUCAUGUAUUAUUCAAUGCAACCAAAGUGAACGGUCGAUGUUUUGUACAGUAGUUUGUUUUUUCAGCAUGGUAGUUUUGGCCCUCAGUGGUAAAAGUCGGUCCUCGUUUUGCGCGAACACAACUUUACUGGCUUCUUUAUGAGUGAUGUAGCAGAUUUUCUAUAACGCCAUGUCUGUGGUCUUGCCUUAACAAAUGUUUCUAACAGUCCAACACUGCAUUUGGAUGCUUUUAGGAUGUUCAUUAAAGUCAAACAGUGUUCUUGCAUACAAA